AUGGAGGGGAAGAGACAGCUGGAUAGAAGGGACUUCAGUAAAAGACUCUCUCUGGACAGCAGUCUUGUGGAAUACAUGGACUCUAACAAGUGCAUCGAACACCUGUUGGCACAGCUCAGGGAGCAACACAGAAGUCUCUGGCGGGAGAAGCUGGCUGUGGCCAGGCUGCAGAGAGAAGUUGCCCAAAGGACAAACCAAGGGGCCAUGCAGGAGAAGCUGAUACAUGAGUUGGAAGAGGAACGGCACUUGCGGCUGCAGAGUGAGGAGCGGUUGCGGGAGGUGACCCUGGAGUCAGAGCGCAACAGGAUCCAGAUGCGUGGCCUGCAGCAGCAGUUUUCCAGAAUGGAAGAAACUGUCCGAAGUCUGCUGCAGAGUCAAGGAUCUCCAGAGCAGAAAAAGGAAGAACCUGCCAAGAUCACAGCCUACCAGGAAAGAGUAUCUGAAGAAGAGAGAAAAGAGCACGCAGCCCAGGGUGAUCUCCAUGCGGCAGCUGAUGAGGACUCUGGAAGUGAGCACAGCAGUGUGGAGGAGGGGAAAGAGGACAGCAGACUGCUCCUGAAGAGACUGAAGGCUCUGGAGGCGGAGAAUUCAGCACUGGCGCUGGAAAAUGAGAAUCAGAGAGAACAGUAUGAGAGAUGUCUUGAUGAGGUAGCCAACCAGGUUGUUCGAGCUCUACUCACUCAAAAGGAUCUAAGGGAGGAAUGUGUAAAGUUGAAAACAAGAGUAUUUGACUUGGAGCAACAGAACCGAGCGCUCAGCAUCCUGUUCCAACAGCGAGUCAGACCGGCUUCUGACGUGCUCCUCCAGAAACAUCACUCACAUAUUGUGGCUCUCUCAUCUGGCGAUCUGAUCUCAGACGCAGGAGGAAGCUAAAGUCUGACACUGUCACGGACAGAUAUUGAGCUGCGUGAGCACCUCCAGAAUGCAAAAUCCGGAACCCCUGCCUUGAAACACUCUGGCUCAGGGGUUGUCAUCCCUGAUCACCUCUGUCCUCGAAACAGCUGCAGCAGUGGCAGCGAGCUAUCACUGUCAAGCACCUGCAGCGAGUACUCCAGUGGCUCCUCCUGCACGUGGCAAGACAGGAAGAUCAUUGGGAAAAGGGGGGCAGAGGUCGAUGAAGAUGUACGAGAAGAUGAAGAAGACAGAGUUACUGAUGCUGUGCUCCAGAGCCACGUGAUAGAAUCGAACUGCCAGAUGAGAACAUUGGACAGUGGGAUUGGAACCUUCCCCCUCCCAGACUCAGGAAACCGCUCAAUGGGACGAUACAUGUGCCAGCAGGACUCCCCAGAGGCCACUGAUCCCCUCCUGCCUCUCCAGCCAGCCCCUUCCAUGGCAUCCCCUGCCAGAGCCCAAACCCUUGACCGUGAAGUGCCUUCCUCCACAGACAGCCAGAGCUCCUCGGAGACCACCAUCAUCCAUUCCAUAUCUGACCCCAGCACGAUGGCCAGAGGGAUGAGAGCCUCACAGAGUCACCUUCCCAAGACCACCUCCUCAGGUAAAGUGUCAUUUACUUUUCUAUGA